AUGUGGAAGUCUUUGAGUUCGUAUCACUCUAUCCAUUAUUUGAAGUACUCCGAUUUCAGAGGGUACAUGAAUAUCAGAUGGCCACGUGUACUAACACCAACAUACCUAUCUCAGAUCAUCCAGAACCAGAAAAACCCAUUGAAAGCCCUCCAAAUCUUUAACCAAGCAAAAAACAAAUACCCAAAUUAUCAUCACAAUGGCCCUGUAUAUGCCACCAUGAUCAACAAGCUCAUCAUCACAGAUCGAAUACUUGAUAUGAAACAAGUGAUUAACCAGAUGAAACACGAUUCAUGUGAGUGUCAAGAUUCAGUUUUUUCAGAUGCAAUCAAAGCCUACGCGAAAUCCGGAAUGCUAAAUGAAGCCAUCUCUCUCUUUAAAAAUCUCCAUCACUUCAACUGUGUAAACUGGACACAAUCUUUCAACACCAUAUUGGAGAUAAUGGUGAAAGAGUCCAAAUUCGAAUCUGCUCAUCAUCUUUUCUUGGAGAAUUUCAGCAAAUGGGAAGUGAAAUCAAGAACCCGUUCACUAACUUGGCUAAUUGAUGUUCUCUGUGAAAACAAACGUUCCGAUCUUGCCCUUCAAGUCUUCCAAGAAAUGAAUCAUCAGUACUGUUAUCCAACCAGGGACACCUAUCAAAUCCUAAUGACAGGAUUAUGUGAAGAUGGAAGAAUUAAUGAAGCAAUUCACUUGUUAUACUCUAUGUUCUGGCGAAUUUCCAAAAAGGGUAGUGGUGAAGAUGUUUUAGUGUAUAAAAUCCUGUUAGAUACUUUAUGUUCAUAUGGGCAUGUUGAGGAGGCUGCAGAUAUUUUAAAUAAGGUCCUUAGGAAAGGUCUUAAAGCCCCUAAAAAGAAACGUAUGCCACUUGAUUUCAAUCAGUGUAGAAAUGGUAGAGACAUAGAAAAAGCAAAAAGUCUAAUGAGUGAUGCCCUUAUCAAGGGGGUGAUUCCUAGUUAUGAGAGCUAUAACACAAUGAUUGUUGACCUUUAUUCAAAAGGUGAUCUAAAUCUUGCAGAAAAAGUGGUUCAAGAAAUGGAUGACAAUGGAUUUACACCAGGGGUAUUAGUUUAUGAAGCUAAAGUGAUGGCUUUAUGUAGGGCAAAUAAGGUUGAUGAGGCUGAAAAGGUGAUUGCAAACUGUGUUCCAACUGUUCAUUUAUAUAACAGUUUGAUUAAAGGUCUUUGUAAUGAAAAAAGAUCUGUAGAGGCUCUUAGGUAUUUCAAGAAGAUGUGUAGGCAAUUGGGGUGUGUUCCAAAUAAGGAGACUUAUUGCAUAUUGGUAGAUGGAUUAUGUCAUGAUGGGAGUUAUAUUGAAGCAAGUGAAGUUUUGGAGAAAAUGUUGGUGAAGUCUUAUUGGCCAAAUAGUGAUACUUUUAGUAUGCUUAUAAAGGGUCUUUGCUUGAUGGGAAGAUCAUAUGAAGCAAUUAUAUGGGUGGAAGAGAUGAUUACCCAAGAAAAGAUCCCUCAUGUUUCCACAUGGAGUUCUCUGGUUGCUUCUGUUAUAUAUGAUACAGUGGUUUUUUCUGAAAUAUUGGAGCCUUGAGAAAUUUAUGUAUAGUUAAAAAAAAAUUGUUGUUUUUGAAUGAGAUUGACUAUUUCAUGUAACCGAUAUUAUGCUUAGGC